GGUUCUGGAGGACUGGCGGCGGCAAAAGUGGCGUCGCGCAUGGGGGCAAAAGUUGCCGUAAUUAAUUAUGUUACCCCGACUCCGAAGGGAACGAAAUGGGGAUUGGGGGGAACGUGUGUUAAUGUGGGGUGCAUACCCAAUAAGUUAAUGCACGAAGCGACAAUUAUGGGAGAUACUCUUAACGAAGCCAAAUGUUACGGUUGGAAACUUCCAGCUUCGGAACACAUAACUCACAACUGGUGUGUUUUAACGGAAGCAAUUCAAAACCAGAUUAAAUCUGUAAACUGGACCACGAGAGUGGAAUUAAAGGAGUCCAAAGUCGAUUAUAUUAAUGGUUUUGGAAGAUUUAAAAGCCCUCACGAGAUAAGCGUAAAGAAAAAUGAUGGAGAAACCGUGGAUUUAAGUGCGGAAUAUAUAUUAAUAGCUGUUGGAGGACGCCCCAGAUACCCAAAUAUACCAGGGGCUCUGGAUUUCGGUAUCACAAGCGAUGAUAUUUUUAGUUUGAAAAAACCACCGGGUAAAACGAUGAUAGUUGGCGCUGGUUAUGUGGGUCUAGAAUGCGCUGGAUUUUUGAAUGGUCUUGGAUACGACACUACAGUUUUGGUACGCUCCGUGGUUUUACGAGGUUUCGAUCAACAAAUGGCGCAAAUAAUAACGUCGGCGUUGCAAGAUAAAGGCGUCAAGUUUGAAUUUAAAUUUACACCAAAAUCCAUAAUAAAACAACCGAACAAUAAACUUUUGUUUAGUUGGCAGAAUAAAAACAACCAAAUUUCCUCGGACUACUUCGAUACUGUAUUAUUUGCUAUAGGUAGGCAGCCGCCUACAAGGGACAUGCUUUUGGAGAAUGCGGGGGUUAAAAUUUCAGAAGAAAACGAUAAGUUGCUAACGGAAAAUGAGCAAACAAACGUACCGCAUAUUUUUGGGGUGGGCGAUGUAUUGUUUAAUAAGCCUGAGUUAACACCGGUGGCUAUACAGGCUGGCCAACUGUUAGCAAAAAGGUUGUUUGGAAAAGAAGAGGACAAAAAAUGUUUUAUGGACUACAACAACGUAGCAACAACAGUAUUUACCCCGGCAAAAUACGCCUGUAUUGGUUAUAGCGAAGAAAACGCAUUACAAACUUUCGGCAGUGAAAACAUUGAAGUCUACCACUCAAACUUUAAACCCACAGAAUAUUUCAUCCCCAAAAAACCCACGCAACAUUGCUACAUCAAAGUGAUAACCAAAAGAAAUGAACGGAAAGAAGUAAUUGGGAUGCACAUCAUCGGUCCGCAUGCUGCAGAAAUAAUGCAGGGGUUUGCCGCAGCCAUGAAAUGCGGACUCACCAUGGAUAUUUUGAGUGAUACAGUUGGUAUACACCCCACUGUGGCUGAGGAGUUUACCAGAGUCAAUAUUACCAAGAGAUCAGGUUUUAGUUGUGUUCCAUCGUCGUGUUGUAGCUAA